AUGGAUAUAAUUAAAAAUAAAUAUUCAUUUUGGAAACGAUUAUUACAUAAAUGGCAAUCACGUAAAGAUAUUCCAUUCCGUAAAAAAUUUUUUGUGGGUUAUGAUUUAUAUGGUAAUACAUAUUGGGAAUUUACUAUUGAUGGGAAUAUGUCAAGAUUACGACGGAAAUUACAACCAUUUCGUAAAGAAUUAUUUGAAGUUGAUUAUUUUAAAACUAUUCCACCUCAAUGGUUACAAUGGUUAAGAAGAACUCGUGAUCAUCCACCAAGUUUAAAUGAAUUAAUUAAAGAUCAAUUAAGACAAGAAAAAAUUAAAAUUUUAGCUCAAAAAGUUGAUGAAAAUUGGAAAUUAGAAAAAUUAAGAUUAGAAAAUCAACAACAAUUAAAAUUAUCAAAUGAAUUAAAUAAAGUGAAAUUAGAAAAUGAAAAAUUUAUUGAAAAACAAAAAGCAAUGGGGAAUAAAUCAAUUGAAAAUCCUUGGAAACAAGUUGAACAAGAAUUGAAAAAUGAAAAUCCUAUUGAAUCAGCAAUUAUAAAACCAAGAUCAUAG